UUAGAUAAAAACAAAGUGUUUUUUUUGUUUUCAAUGUUCAGUUUAGAUUUAAAUCCCAACAUGAACUGUUCCUCAUAGUAACUAAGUCAACCGGUGGCUUGCAUCAUUCAGUGCCUUUAAAUUCAACCAAUCACAGUGGUCCCAGGAUAUGUAAAUGUUAGUCUAAAGUCAGAAUCAUUCACUUAAGUGAGUCCAGGGCUGGUUCAGCAUCAAACCAUGACAAUGUUGAGUACCGCAAUAACAAUUCUGAGUACUGCAUUGCUGAUUCAGACCCAAAAGGAUCCUCAAUCACUGUAUUUCAAAAAAGCUGAACUUGGAGAUACUGUUACUCUCAAUUGUACAGUUUUGAAAAAACAGAAUAUCAAUGAAGAGUUAUACUGGUACAAGCAGACUAUGGGAUAUAAUCCCCAAAUGGUAGCUAGCCGAUAUUAUGCAACAAAGAUUUACAAGUCUUUUAUGUUGAGGUUCAAAGUGGGAAAUGGAAGUACCUUCAAUUUGACAAUCAGCAACAUUAAAAAAGAGGAUGAAGCAAGUUAUUUCUGUAAACAAGGAGGACAAUAUCUAAACAUAUGGAACAAUGGUGUUUUCCUGACCGUCAAAGAUCCCAAUGACCAGAGGUUUGUCUCCCAGACUGUGGUCCAACAGCCUGUGUCAGCAUCAGCUCAGCUGGGAGACCCUGUGGCUCUCCAGUGCUCUAUUACCUCCCAGAGGACGGACCACAGUAACCAGUGCCAAGGGGAACCCAGUGUGUACUGGUUCAGAUCUGGAUCAGGACCAUCUCACCCUGCUGCCAUUUACAUGAAUGGAAACAGGAGUGGUGAAUGUCAGAAUAGUUCUGGGCCUCCGUCUGCUCCACAGAGCUGUGUCUACACUCUCCCCAAGAACAAUGUAGACUCCUCUGAUGCUGGGACUUACUACUGUGCCCUGGCAGCAUGCGGGGAGGUUGUGUUUGGAAAUGGAACCAAGUUGGACGUGUUUCAAAAUGGAACCAACAAAACAGAACCCAACAUGCAUCUUGUUACCGGGGUGCUUGGAAUACUGUUGGCUUGCUGUCUGUUUAUGGUUAUAAUCCUCUUUCUAACAAGAAAUAAAAAGCAAGUUUGUGAGCAUUGCAAAGGAACACUGAGAGCCUCCUACCAUGUUACACAUGACUCAGUGAUUCAGGAACAACAGGUAUAUCUGUGUUGUGUAUUUUCUGUACUAUAUGCAUGUAUUUGUAUUCAUUUUGAUCAUAAAACAACAAGUAAUCAUGGAAAUCACAGAUUUAAUAAACAAUUUAAAAGCAAUAUUAUCUGUUCUAUUGGGGUAUCCAGGCAAUUGUAACACAAGUUGAAAAUGAAAUUUGAUUACAAUAUCUUAACUAGAUGAAUGUAAUCUACCUGGUCAAAUUAACUUAUCUAGUUUGUUAUGGCAGCAGACCAGCAUGCUGUUAGUAAUAUUAGCUCCCAGAACAAAAGUAGGAUUGUAGCUUUGACUUUCGCACUUUACAGCUGUGAAUCCUCUAAAAUGGUAGUGAUU